AUGGCGGUGGUGAUGACAGCAGCAUCUUCAUCGUUAUCCGCCGUCAGAUCGGAAGCCACGACUGCGGGCAACGGUGCACCAGCUCCAGAGAACCGGAAGCCGUCGUCGGCGAGGCCUCUUCUAUCGGUGUCGAAGCCUACUUGGAUCGUCAGAACCGAGUCAAAUGUUCGGAAAGAACACAUAGCACCACCGGUUCCACCAUGUGUUGUGUGUAGAGGAUGUGGUAGAGUUGAUUGCUACAACUGCAAUGGAAGAGGACGGACAAAUCAGAUCGAACUGGCAAUGCUUCCUAAAGGAGAAUGGCCAAAAUGGUGCAGGAGCUGCGGCGGCAGUGGUCUUGCUUACUGUGCGCGGUGUUUGGGGACUGGAGAGUACAGGUAUAUAAUGGGAUUUCAGUUCAUGAACAAAGAUGAUGGUGAUCCACCCAAAGAUAACCCAAGGAAUCAUCGCCGGAGUUCCCAUACAUUCUCUGACCUCUUACUGAAUAAUGAUCAUACUGAUUCAGAUGCUGGGAACUCAAUAUUGUGAUAGGCUAUACACUCUCUGCUUCUUGUUACUAGUGUUUGAACUUAGUUGUACAUAGUCAUUUCAUAAUUGUAUCUUUCAUCUGCUUAUAGGUUCAUUUAGAUUGUAUUCUGAUCUUUGUUGUUGGCUUAUCUGUAGCACCCUCUGCCGGCUUGUAUCAUGGGAAGCAACAGAAAUGGGAUCAGUUGAUACAUAUUUUACAUUUCGAA